UAUUAAGAAUUAAGCGGGAAACAGAUGAUCAAAAGGCAGGUUGGGAAAAUCCAAAUCCGGACUUGGAUCGAGUCGGGCUCCAAAAACCGACCCGGAAGCUUAUUUUCCCGAUCGAAUACUUGAUUAGCGACCCGAUGUAGGAACACUUAUUUAUAACUCAAUUCAGUCCAAGAAAUAAACAAUUUUCCGUAGUUUCGCAAUCGCUCAUAAAUCCACCGGGAUCGUCGUGUUUGAGCUCACGCGCCGCUUCCAGCGCCGCCGCUAAUUGAGAGAUAAGUUCCGAGGGAAGGACAGUGCAAUGAACGGCCAAACCAGCCAUCAGCAACCGAAGGAUGGGCGCCACGACGACGAUACUGCGCUCACAGAGUUCCUCGCUUCCUUAAUGGACUAUACCCCCACGAUACCUGAUGAAUUGGUGGAGCAUUACUUGGCUAAAAGUGGAUUCCAGUGCCCCGACACCCGAUUGACAAGGCUGGUAGCAGUUGCAACACAGAAGUUCAUUUCAGAUGUGGCUACUGAUGCACUUCAGCAGUGUAAGGCAAGGCCAGCAGUAGUCAAGGACAAAAGAGAUAAACAACAAAAGGAGAAGCGUUUGAUCUUGACGAUGGAGGAUCUUUCCAAGGCUCUACGCGAGUAUGGUGUGAAUGUCAAACAUCAAGAAUAUUUUGCUGACACUCCAUCUGCUGGUUUAGAUCCUGCUUCGAGAGACGAGUGAUUACUUGUCCGAACCACUGAAUACAAUUGGACCUGUAUACCCUGAAUCUGAAGGUUUGUUCAGUUGGUGUAGCAGUCUCCAUCUCUAUCUUAUCCAAUCUAAGUUCAAUUACUGGAAAUUUCGAAUGUUGUGCAAUGGAAAUAUGCUAAAUUUCAGUUGUGAAACGUGUGCAGAACAUAUUUUUGUGGAUGAUACUUUGUGUUUGUUGUCCGCUUAAAUAUGAAAUUCAUCCAAUUAAUUCCGGAGAUGGGGGCCUUCUUCGCUGUCUCA